UCGGGCGCGCUUCACCAUGGAACGAGUUCAAGUACUUCCAGCGGAUGACCACCACGCCCUCCGUGCCAGGUAAACAAAAUGUGUUGAUAAUGGGUAAGAAGACCUGGUUCUCUAUUCCUGAAAAGAAUCGUCCUUUAAAAGAUAGAAUUAACAUAGUGCUCAGCAGAGAACUUGCGGCAGUCCCAAAAGGAGCACACCACCUUGCCAGAAGCUUGGAUGAUGCUUUAGUUCUUCUGGAUUCUCCAGAGCUAAAAAAUAAGAUAGACUUGGUUUGGAUAGUUGGAGGCAGUUCUGUUUACAAGGCAGCAAUGGAGAAGCCAAUUAAUCAGCGAUUAUUUGUGACAAGAAUUUUGCAUGAGUUUGAAAGUGACACUUUUUUUCCAGAGAUUGAUUUAGAGAAAUAUAGACUUCUCCCAGAAUUCCCAGGUGUCCCAGCUGAUGUCCAGGAGGAGAAUGGCAUCCAUUACAAAUUUGAAGUAUAUGAAAAAACUGUCUAGGCACAGUUAUUAUGAAAUUCUUUAUACUAAUAUAAAUGGGCUUACAUUAUCCAUUAAGAUCACUUAUACUGAUUGCAUAAUUACUAGAGAAACUGCAAAUUUUUCCUGCAGUUUUGAUGAGGAAUAAAACGCAGAAAUAUAUCACCUUCUCUAUAUGUGGUAAAUAAAAAGUAAACAUUAA